AUGUCCAAGAAGGGCUCCAGCAGCCGCGGCAGAGGGGAGAAGCCGGACGCCUUGGCAGCCUUGCAGGCAGCCAAUGAGGAGCUCAGGGCCAAGCUCACCGACAUCCAGAUAGAGCUCCAGCAGGAAAAGAGUAAGGUCAGCAAGUUGGAAAGAGAGAAAAAUCAGGAGGUUAAGCAGAUCAAAGAGCACGAACAGCAUAAAAGUACAGUGGUGGUGACAGAGCUCAAAGUCAAACUUCAUGAGGAGAAAAUGAAGGAGCUCCAAGCUGUGCGAGAAACACUCUUGAGACAGCACGAAGCUGAAUUACUUAGAGUAAUAAAAAUUAAAGAUAACGAAAUCCAGAGACUACAGACCCUUCUCAAUGCUGUACGUGACGGGGCUCCCGACAAGGUGAAGACGGUGCUGCUGACGGAGGCGAAGGAGGAGGCCAAGAAAGGCUUCGAAGUGGAGAAAAUAAAAAUGCAGCAAGAAAUUUCAGAGCUGAAGGGAGCUAAGAAACAAGUGGAAGAGGCUUUAACUAUGGUCAUCCAGGCUGACAAGAUUAAAGCGGCAGAGAUCAGGAGUGUCUAUCACCUGCACCAGGAGGAAAUCAGCAGAAUUAAGAGGGAGUGCGAGAGAGAAAUCCGCAGGCUGAUGGAGGAGAUUAAGUUUAAAGACAGAGCAGUCUACGUGCUGGAGAGAGAGUUAGGGGUUCAAGCCGGGCAUGCUCAGAGACUGCAGCUCCAAAAGGAGGCUUUAGAUGAACAACUUUCCCAGAUCAAAGAGUCUGAUCGGCAUCUGAGCAGCCCCAAGCGGGAACUUCCUUAUGCAAGUGGUGCAGGAGACGCUUCAGAUCAUUCGGGAAGCCCCGAACAGCAGUUGGAUGAAAAGGAUGCCCGGCGUUUCCAGCUUAAGAUCGCUGAGCUGAGUGCCAUCAUCAGGAAGCUGGAGGACCGGAACGCGCUGCUCUCCGAGGAGAGGAACGAGCUGUUAAAACGUCUGAGAGAAGCUGAGAGUCAGUACAAGCCCAUUUUGGACAAAAAUAAACGCCUUAGCAGGAAGAAUGAAGAACUGUCACAUGCCUUACGCCGAAUGGAAAAUAAAUUAAAAUUUGUAACACAAGAAAAUCUAGCCAUGAGGCAAAGAGCUGGAACAAUAAGGAGACCGAGCUCUUUAAAUGACCUUGACCACAGCCAGGAAGAAAGAGAAGUUGAUUUCCUGAGGCUACAAGUUAUUGAACAGCAAAAUAUCAUUGAUGAACUCUCCAAGACCCUGGAAACUGCUGGCUAUGUGAAGAGUGUCAUG